AGUCACGAACCUGAGAGUACUGAACCAGAAAGAACUUGUGAGAAUAUCCCCCCACCAGUUGAGUAUCGCUAGAAAGGUGUAACAGCUAGUUGUAAUAUUAGUAGUUAAAUUUUGAAAAUGAAUUAAAUUAUAUUUCGUAAAUGUGGUUAUUCGCAGAACACAAACCUACAAUUCACACGUUGAUAGUUGAACACGACGUAAGUCAUGAGAAAAGCAGCGGUUGCGGAAAGAAAUCGGACAGAGUGAAGUUCGAUUAUGACGAAUACGAGGAGGCGUUUGAGACAAACGAAGUGGACUAUCCGAUUAUUUACGACGAUUAUUUUUACGAGCAUGAAAAUGAAAUGUAUUCAGUACCAUUGUUCGAUGGGCGUGCCCGAAUGACAGCCCGAAUGAGGUUGCCCGCUAAAAGGUUUGAUAUUUGGGCUGAAGUGACCGCGGUGUGUAGCAAGGGGACCUUAGUGAGCGCUUCUGGCGUGAGGGAUUAUUUAUGGAUGGGAAUUGUUGAUGGCGAGGUUAAAAUGCGUUUUGAUGCAGGAAGUGGUCCUUUAAAUGUGCACUCGGGGAAAGUGAACAUCGAUGCAAAGUCAAAGAUCUUAGCGAGAAGGUACAAGAACGACGGGAUGCUGAAGGUGGGCUCGGUGGCGUCCAGUGGCAGCAUGGAAGGAAGGCUGACUUCCCUCGACGUUCUUCCAUACAUUCACGUUGGACUGCCGCCACAAAACGAUACCGUGUUAUCCAGCAUUUCGUUACCUGGUUUUGUGGGCUGUGUUCAUCGCUUGCGUGUCAGCGGACGUGACGUCAUCCCACCGUCACGGGGCGUCACCGUCACAUCCCACGGCCUGCGCUCUUGUACCCCAGAGAACCUGGCAGAUUUAGUUUGCCCCUCAAUUAUUCCAUAACUUCGAUGAAAUUUUAACAUUAAUUUUAUGAUUCACAGUAAUAAAUAAUUGUAAAUAUUAACCAAAUGAUAUUAAAGUCGUAAAUAGUAAAAUGAUAAUCUACUAAAUUCAAAUGACGUAUUUUAAUUUAUGUAAACUCAAUCACAUGUACAAAUAAACAUGUUUUGUUUCUAGUGUCCAAUUUUCGUUGUUGCACAUAAAAUUUCGUUUAAUUCUUGUGUAAAAUUUGGUUGUUGCCAACAAAGUUUCGUUUAAUUCUAGUGUAAAAUUUGGUUGUUGCCCAUAAAGUUUCAUUUCAUUCUAGUGUAAAAUUUGGUUGUUGUCCCCAAAGUUUCGUUUAAUUCUAGUGUAAAAUUUGGUUGUUGCCCAUAAAGUUUCGUUUCAUUCUAGUGUAAAAUUUGGUUGUUGCCCACAAAGUUUCGUUUAAUUCUAGUGUCAAAUUUGGUUGUUGCCCACAAAGUUUCGUUUAAUUCUAGUGUCAAAUUUUCGUUGUUGCCCAUAAAGUUUCGUUUGAUUCUAGUGUCAAAUUUGGUUGUUGCCCACAAAGUUUCGUUUAAUUCUAGUGUCAGACUUUCGUUGUUGCCAGUGAAGCCUGGUGCCUGGUACUCUUUUGCACCACGGUACCUAAGUAUGGAUCAGUCCUUAUAUUGCACGGGCACUUUUGCUAUUUGUACAUGUAAUUUAGAUUAAAAUACAUAUCAUGUGACAUCAUUGACGAACAAUAAUGAACUAGUCUCCCAAUCGCCUAUUAGAAGGUCGUCAAAAAAUGUCCGAGCGUUGUAUAUAAUUAUAUAUACAGAUGCUUAUUUUACUUAUACAGAUAACAUUACAGCAUUAAUUCAAAUUAACACCUUAUUUCGUGGCAGUAAUGUAAAAAGACUUGUAUAUGAUCAUUAGAACACGAGGCAAGAACAUUUUCUUUAGAAAUUAAAAUUUAAUUAUUUAGUAAAAUGAUUAAAAACGUCAAGUUAGUUACAAAAUUUCGUUAAUUUAAAAGGGGCAUUUACCUAAAAUACGACACUCCAUUCUUUUUAAGUUUGGAUGCUGUUAUUUGUAAAGAUUAACACUGAACACUUUGUCAUUGCGUGGCAUUGUACUUAAAGCGCGAUCAAACAUCGACAUUUUGCUUAUGAUUGGUUAUUCGGACGUAUAACGUUUUUUUUUAUGGAAUAGGAGGACAAACGAGCGUAUGGGUCACCUGGUGUUAAGUGAUCACCGCCGCCCACAAUCUCUUGCAACACCAGAGGAAUCACAGGAGCGUUGCCGGCCUUUAAGGAAGGAGUACGCGCUUUUUUUAAGGUACCCAUGUCCUAUCGUCUCAGACACACCGCACAAGGAAGCUCAUUCCACAGCUUUGUAGUACGUGGAAGAAAGCUCCUUGAAAACCGCACUGUGGAGUACAGCCACACAUCCAGAUGUUGGGGAUGAUAUCCUAACUUGUGGCGUGUCGUGCGAAGGUGGAAUUCGGCGGCAGGAAUCAGGUUAAACAGCUCCUCGGAACACUCCCCGUGAUAAAUGCGGUAGAAGACACACAAUGAAGCGACAUCUCUACGCAACGUCAAGUGAUCCAGCCGUUCACAGAGCACUAGGUCCCCGACAAUUCGAGCUGCUCUACGUUGCACGCGGUCAAAUGGGUCGAGCUGAUACUGGGGCGCGCCAGACCAAAGAUGACAGCAAUACUCCAUGUGUGGCCUGACCUGCGCUUUGUAGAGCGCUAGAAUGUGGGCCGGCUUGAAGUAUUGCCGUGUUCUAUUAAUGACGCCCAUCUUCUUCGAAGCCAAUUACUUCUUGCUUUACCUUCCAGAUGGUCACGGAAUUGGCAAUCGCUCAAGAUUUCGAGAUCCAGAAUUCCGAACUGAAGGACAACUCUGCCUUAUAGACGUGUAGGCAGAGUUUUGCUUCAGACAAUUUCUGAGCGUGAUUGUGAGUCUAGUUUUUGACAAUGGUACAAACUUCAAAAAUGUUUUAUAUAUAUUUAAGGUAAUUAUUUUUCGUAGAUAUAAACCUAAUCCUAACUUAAAAUAAAUUAUUUAUAUCAGAUUAUUAUAAAAUAUUUCCAGGAGUAGAUCUAACUUGAUCUACAAACCUAAAUUAAUUGUAAUAUAAAAGACAAUUUUAUCUCCCGAAAAUAUAACAUAUAAAAUGGUAACCUAAGUUGUAAAAAAAAUUUGCUGUUUUAACAUCGCAAGGCGCCACAUUUUUAUUAAUAUCUUUUAAAAAGGAUCAAUCCGGGCAAAGUCGGGAAUGGCUACCAUUAUUUAAUCAUAUUUUCUUUUCAUUCCUACAGUUAAGUUAUAUGAAAAACAGUAUUAAUAGUUGUAAUUCGGUGUACAGAAACAAAAAGUGUGAUUUUUCGAUUUUACGAGUGGUAUUAAUACACAGUCCGUGUGAAAACAGCCACAAUAUAAUAUAAGUAAUCAUGUGAUAUUAUAAUAUUGUCAACUUAUUACAUAUCUUUCUAAAUCUUUUCAAAUGUCUUAAAAAUAAUAUUGAAAUCGUAUUUUUUCCAAUGUAUUCUUAUCGAUGUUUACGAGACAUUUAAUUAAAUAAACUUAUA